AUUAUGACCAUUUAUAUGAAUGGAAUGUGGUGGCCAGCUCACAGUUCAGCGGGGGCAUUUGUUAACCAAGCGCUUUUUCUAAUAUCUUCCGCUAGUACGGGGUUUUACUUUGUAAUGGCUUCUUCAACUGGUCCCCGAUUCUUGCCGUUCAAAUGGCGACCCAGACAAACUACAGAAGAACAGUAUUUACAAUAUUGCAAUGUUUGCCAAGGUUUCAAAGCCCCCCGGUCACAUCACUGUCGCAAGUGCAAUCGGUGUGUAAUGAAAAUGGACCACCACUGUCCAUGGAUUAACAAUUGCGUUGGUUGGACGAACCAUGGCUAUUUCACAGCAUUUUUAGCUUGCGCUGUGGUGGGGUGCAUUCAUGCCACCGGCAUUCUAGGUGCAUCGCUAUACGUUGGGCUAUAUCGUGACUGGUAUCUGUAUUACGGUCACUACACCAAAGUGAACGUGCAGCUCACAGUUACGAGUCUCGUACUUUGUGUAUUCAACAUUGGGCUUGCUAUCGGUGUUGUUAUCACCGUUGGUGCGCUGCUGGUUUAUCAGCUGAGAGCCAUUUUAAAUAAUCGCACCGCAAUCGAAGAUUGGAUUUUAGAAAAGGCACGCUUUCGCGAAGAACGAAACAACCAACAGCCAACAACUUCACGUUUCGUUUAUCCAUACGAUGUGGGCCGAUGGAAUAACCUGGCACAGGUGCUGAACUUAACCUGCACCGUUGCUGGUAAUGGUGUCGAUGAUUGGCCCGUAGUCGAGGGAUGCGAUCAGUACACACUGACUCGCGAGCAACUUGCUCAAAAAGAAGAGAAGAGAGCGAGAACUAGAACAUAUAAAAUAAAUCGCCCUUCCACGGGAAGUUGGAUACCGUUAUUUUCACAAGGAUUCAAAGUAUGCUGCUCUCCUCCGCUCACCGAUGAGCCGCGCAUCAAGCUUGCGGUUGGAGAUGUCGUUCGAGUUACUAGAUGGAGAAAACACUGGUUAUUUGGUGAAAAAAUACAGCUAUGCGAUAUGGAUACCGAUGCAACACCACAAAGACGGAUAAGAGGAUGGUUCCCUCGACGGUGUGCUGUAGAACAUAUGGAAUUUGAUGAUGGACUAACACUUGAUGAAACAUUACCGCCAGUAGAUAGUAGUACAAGUAAAAAGGUUGCCUAAAUCAUACAAAACAUAUGAACCAAUCUGCUUGAUUUCAAUAGAGCUUGAUUACAAAACAAUAUUUUAUUCACCUCCUUCAACGCUAAAGCUGUUUACUGGUUGUUUAGGAUGCUGUUUUGUUUGUAGCGACAAUAUUGUAGCAACCGAAAAAGAAAUGUGAUUAUUGAAAUAGAUUAUCUGAAAUUUGUU